AUGCCGGUCUUAGACCAUAGGGUCGUGCCUUUUGGAGUUUCAGAUACAACCACAGCAAAUUCCCUUGCCGGUCUUAGACCAGGCAAGCCGGUCGUGCCUUUUGGAGUUUCAGGCCAAGGCGAUCAGAGGAAACAAGAAUUGACUCUUACCAAGAAGUUGGGUCCAACGUGUAGCUCUUUAUUGGCGGUUCUCUCAUACAGCAAAACAGUCUCGGAGGAUGGCAAGGCAAUGACCAAUGGUGGCUGGUACCGACGGGGCAGUCAUGCUCCGGGAGGCAAGCAAGGAGGACUGCCACCGGUCCAGUUACAACACAAGUUAGAGCUGAUGGAGGACAACCACUCAUUAACAACUGAAUUUAUCCUCAUGGGAUUUACAGAUGACCAAAACCUGAAGAUCCUUCUGUUUGUGAUGUUCUCUGCCAUCUAUCUGGUCACCAUGGUGGGGAAUCUAGGGUUGGUGGCCUUGAUUUACAUGGAGCGCCCUCUUCAUACACCGAUGUACGUGUUCCUGGGCAACCUGGCUCUCAUGGACUCCUGCUGUUCCUGUGCCAUCACUCCCAAGAUGUUAGAAAACUUCUUUUCUGAAGAUAGAAGGAUUUCCCUCUAUGAGUGCAUGGCACAGUUCUAUUUUCUCUGCCUUGCUGAGACUACAGACUGCUUUCUUCUGGCAUCAAUGGCUUAUGACCGGUAUGUGGCCAUAUGCAGACCACUGCAGUACCAUACUAUGAUGUCAAUGGAACUCUGCAUUCAGAUGACCACAGGAGCCUACAUAGGUGGAGUCCUGCAUCCCAUAGUUGAAAUAGGACUUUUGUUGAGGUUAACUUUCUGUGGGUCUCAUCAAAUCAAUCAUUUCUUUUGUGAUGUCCUUCCAUUAUACAGACUCUCCUGUGUUGAUCCUUAUAUCAAUGAAUUGAUUUUACUCAUCUUGGCAGGGUCAAUUCAAGUCUUUACUAUUACUAUUGUCUUAAUCUCUUAUUUCUAUAUUCUUUUCACUAUAUUCACAAUGAAAUCCAAAAAGGGAAGGGGCAAAGCUCUAUCUACUUGUGCAUCUCAUUUCCUCUCUGUGUCAAUAUUCUACGGUUCUCUGCUCUUCAUGUAUGCUCAACCAAGUUCAGUUAAUGAAGGCGAUAAAGAUAUACCUGUGGCUAUUUUUUAUACUCUUGUCAUUCCUUUAUUAAACCCUUUUAUUUAUAGUCUAAGAAAUAAGGAAGUAACAAAUGUUAUAAAAAGAAUUAUCAAGAAGAGACAAUUUUGUAACAUUCCAAAACAAGUAUCAUCUCCCUUGGAAAAUUGA